AUGCCGAAUAAAGCCAAAAAAGAGAAGGAGUCUUCAAAAUCGAGUAAAAUGGCAAAGAGUGGGCAGGAGAACUCUGAUCAUGAGAACUCAAACAGGAAGUCUGGCAAUAAUGUUCCUCCAACCACUCAGCUGCUGAAGGGGAAGCAGCCAGGUUCUCAGACACCUGUCAAAAAGGACAAGAGACAGAGCUCAUCUCGGUUCAGCUUGAGCAACAACAGGGAGCUGCAGAAACUCCCAGCUUUCAAAGAUGUUCCCCCCGCAGAGCAGGAGAAGCUGUUUAUCCAGAAGCUCCGGCAGUGCUGCGUCCUCUUUGAUUUUGUCUCGGACCCGCUCAGUGACCUAAAAUGGAAGGAAGUGAAACGGGCCGCGCUGAGCGAGAUGGUGGAGUACAUCACUCACAACAGGAACGUCAUCACCGAGCCAAUCUACCCAGAGGUGGUUCACAUGUUUGCCGUGAACAUGUUUAGGACGUUGCCGCCGUCAUCCAACCCAACAGGUGCCGAGUUUGACCCAGAGGAAGAUGAGCCCACGCUAGAGGCUGCGUGGCCACAUUUACAGCUCGUCUAUGAAUUCUUCCUUCGUUUUUUAGAGUCGCCCGACUUUCAACCAAACAUUGCCAAAAAAUAUAUUGACCAGAGGUUUGUAAUGCAGCUCUUAGAACUGUUUGAUAGUGAAGACCCCAGGGAAAGAGACUUUUUAAAGACCACUUUGCAUCGCAUCUACGGCAAGUUCCUGGGUCUGCGAGCGUACAUUAGGAAACAGAUUAAUAACAUAUUUUAUAGGUUCAUUUAUGAGACUGAACAUCAUAAUGGAAUAGCAGAAUUACUGGAAAUUUUAGGCAGCAUUAUCAAUGGGUUUGCGUUACCGUUAAAAGAAGAGCACAAGAUAUUCCUGCUGAAGGUUCUGCUCCCUUUACACAAAGUCAAGUCUCUCAGUGUUUAUCACCCGCAGCUGGCCUACUGUGUGGUACAGUUUCUAGAGAAGGAUAGCACCCUCACAGAACCGACUGUGAUGGCGUUGUUGAAGUAUUGGCCAAAGACUCACAGUCCAAAGGAGGUGAUGUUCCUCAAUGAGCUGGAGGAGAUCCUGGACGUCAUCGAACCCUCCGAGUUUGUCAAAGUCAUGGAGCCCCUCUUCAGACAACUGGCCAAGUGUGUGUCCAGCCCACACUUUCAGGUGGCGGAGCGAGCGCUGUACUACUGGAACAACGAGUACAUCAUGAGCCUGAUCAGCGACAACGCCGCCAAGAUCCUGCCUAUCAUGUUCCCAGCACUCUACCGAAACUCCAAGACACACUGGAACAAGACCAUCCACGGGUUGAUUUAUAAUGCUCUGAAACUCUUCAUGGAGAUGAACCAGAAGCUGUUUGACGACUGCACGCAGCAGUUCAGGGCAGAGAAAAGCAAAGAGAGAGCCAAAUGGAAAGAGAGAGAAGAAGCCUGGCUCAAGAUCGAGAAUCUGGCAAAGUCCAACCCACAGUUUGUGAUGUAUGUUGAUUCGUUAAGUUCCGCCAGUCCCAUGGACAUGGAGACAGAUGGGCCGCUGCUAGAUGAUGUUAACAUGCUAAAGAAAAUGGUCGAGGAAGAAGCCACACAGAUCCAGAACGACCAGCGCAGGGAGCGCCCCAUGAUGCGCAGGAAAUCAGAACUCCCCAAGGACAUGUCCACCGUCACAGCUUUGGAGCUGCACCGACGAGCCGAGGACAUGUUGACGACGCACGACGGCCACUAAGGGGUGCCGCCGUGGAUCACGUGAAACCAGCAGCGUCCACAGAGGAACCACCACAGGCCCGCGGAGGCCAGCACAACAGAACUAUGGUAUCUCGGUCCAGUCCGCCACAAUACAGAACUGAAAAGUCCCGACUCCACCCGACACAGAAAAAAUGUCCACAAGCCACACAGCGGCGUCUCAUUUGGCCAUUGGGACAAGUGGUGCUCGGUCCUUCUCGACUCCUCCCCUUCUUAUCACCCGGUGGUUGUCCAGCAGACAUGUCUGUGUUGCUGGACGGUCCUGCAUGACCUCAACAUGCACUGUACCCCGAAGCUCACCUGAGAUGCAGGCGUGAGGUUUGCACCGAGAUUGGCGUUCUGCCGCAAGUAUGGCCAUUGAUACGGGGGAGCGGCGUGGCAUUUUCCGCUGCUGGAUAAGAUGCAGAAUUGACUGGUUGACGCAGUUAGCUAGACUGUGACGUUACGAGAGAUGGUUGUUACAGUUAUGCGGAUUGGCCGAAAGCUAACUGGGUUGGCCAGUAAGAUUGCUCGUCUUAUGCAGCGCUGGAAAA